AUGGAUCAAAAUCAUUUCGAUAAAUAUUAUCAUGGUUUUUUGACGAAACGUGAUAUUAAACCACUACUAAAAAAGGAUGGUGAUUUCCUGAUACGGAAAAUUGAUUGGAAAGGUGCAAUAACCUUAUCACUUGAUGUAUACGCAAAUAAAGAAUUAAAGCAUUUUAUAAUUAAUCAAAAUGCAAAUGGUGAAAUUUAUAUUGAUAAAGUUAAGGUCAAUAUUUUUUAUCAAUUACAAUUGAACUGA